CAUUGAAAUCCCCAGACAAUGGUAGGUUCACACUGCAGAUACAAGGGAGGAGGAACUGAGAGAAGAUGUCAGUGAGUGUUAUUUUUGGUUGUUAGCAUUCCUCCUCAAAAUACACACCCUGGUUCCAAAGACACAGAGGAGAAGGACUGCCUGCCUGCCUGCCUCACAUGUAGCCAGGAGAGGACUAGCACACGACUUCCUCCUCCUUCCCGGGCAGGAGUCUUUGUUGUGUGGGAUCUGGAGGAGUAAGGAGAAGGACUGUGUACAUGUGACUGCCUGGAAUGUGACUGCUGGGAUCUCUACUUCACUCCACACAUUGUGAGGCAGCCAGCUCCUCCAGUCUGUGUCUACUGCUCCAGCCCUGGUGGUUCUGUGAAGGAAGAGAGCUGCACAACUCGCCUGACAUUAUCAUCUCCUCUGAGGUGGACGGCUUUCACGUGCUUGUCAUUGCUGAAGCCUUUGAGGACGACACAGGACGCUAUACUUGUGUGGCAUCUAACGCCCUUGGUUCUGACACCUCUUCAGCAGAAGUUUUUGUUGAAGGGGCCAGUUCUUCAGACUCAGAAAGUGAAGGCUUCUCUUUCAAGUCAAAUCAAGGAACAAUGCCGCAGGCUCAGAAGAAAACAUCCUCUGUUUCAUUGACAAUAGGACCUUCAUCACCAAAAUGUGGGAUAACCACAGCAGUAAUGCAGCCGAUAUCUAUUCCUGUUCAGCAGAUCCAGAGCCCCACUUCCUAUCUGUAUCGUAAAGAAGGGCCCAGUGCUUCCAAUUUCUCUCCUCCUUCCUUUACCAAGGAACUCCAGAGCUUGACAACAUCUGAAGGUCAAGUUGUGGUCCUGGAGUGCAGGGUAAAGGGCACACCGCCGGUUAAUGUCAAAUGGUUUAGACAAGGGACUGAAAUCCAGGAUUCUCCUGACUUCAGGAUCCUACAGAAAAAGCCCCGCUGUGCAUCUGAAAAUGAGAUGAUCUGUACAUUGGUGAUUGCAGAGACGUUCCCAGAAGAUGCCGGUGUGUUCACGUGCACAGCAAGGAAUGACUAUGGCUCAGUGACCUGUAGCGCACAGCUAACAGUGCUGUCUGCAAAUAAUGAGCGGAGCAGAAGUGAUGUGUCAAGUGGAGAGAUUAGUGGUUAUGAUUUCCAGAAACAUUCAUCCUCUUCUCCAGCAGCAGCUAAGAGUAGUGGUCUUGAAAUGCCAUCAAAGAAAACAUUGGAGUGUUUUCAGCCCAGUCAUCUAGACUCCAAGCCUAAUGUGGAAAGAAGUCAUCUGCAACUUAAUACCCUGGAGCGGAAAAGUAACGGUGUUCACAGUAAUAAUGGUGUAAAUGGUGUAAAUGGGAAUCAAGAAAGCAACUACUAUACUGCUAUAUCUCCUACAUCUCCUACUUCCCCGACCAAAGAACCACCACCGGUGCCUUCAAAGCCUAAACUGGAUACUCAGACAUUACUGCAGCUACAGAAUCAAAUACGUCAAGAAAAAGAAUCUGCUGCCUUGAAACAACAAGCAAGCCAUCAGCAAAGUACACCACCUUCACCAUCUUUUCCUCCUCCACCAUCCUUCCAGGAGCUAGAGGCCAGCCAGUUUAUCUCUACCCCAGCACAAAUGAGUGUUCUGAAUUCUCACAGUUCCCCUGCAAUGCAACCUGCAAGUUCCUUCAACUAUGCUCGGCCCAAACAAUUUAUUGCUGCUCAGAAUAUGAGUCCUGCCUCGGGCUUUGUCACACCAUCUUCUGGGUCUUCUACCUCCAGCCUCCCAUCUCCAACAUCAACACCUCAAAAACAGUUUGGUAGAGCUCCAGUGCCACCAUUCUCCCAACCAUUUGCUUCAGAAGCAGAUCCGUUUUGGUCUCCAACAUCAUCAUCUCCACCACCUCCACCACCUCCUGUGAUGAGUCCUACAGCAAACUAUAGUAUUCAAGAUCAGUUUCCUCUUCCUCCACCGCCUCCUCCACUUCCAGUGUCUGCCCCUUCACCAUCAUACAGUCCAUCUCUUUCUCCAACUACAAGAGGAUCUAACUCAGGCAACAGCCCUGCAGCCUUCCUUAGUUCCAUGCUGCCAUCCCAGCCAUCACCUAUCUCAUUCAAUGAGCUUGGACUUCCAAAAGGUGUAAUGCCACCGGGCUUCCCAAAAAAGGCUGGCCGGACUGCCCGUAUAGCAUCUGAUGAGGAGAUUCAGGGAACAAAAGAUGCCGUCAUUCAAGAUCUGGAGAGAAAGCUUCGCUUUAAAGAAGAACUUAUCAACAACGGGCAACCGAAAUUGACAUAUGAGGAGAAAAUGGCCAGACGACUGCUUGGAGCUGAUAACGCAGCAACAGUUUUUAACCUUCAGGAGUCAGAGGAUGACUUGAAUUCACAGGAAUACAAAGUGUCCAGCUUUGAGCAGAGACUUAUCAGCGAGAUAGAAUAUCGCCUUGAGCGCUCUCCUGUUGAAGAAUCAGAUGAUGACGUGGAUCAUGACGAAGACUAUGCAGAGGAUAGCUCUCCUCCUCAGUUUGAGACAAAACUAAAGCAUUACAAGAUCUUUGAAGGGAUGCCUGCUACAUUCACCUGCAAGGUGACUGGCAAUCCGAAGCCAAAGAUAUAUUGGUUUAAAGACGGUAAGCAAAUAUCAAAAAGAAGUGAACACUACAAGAUCCAGAGAGAACCUGAUGGGACCUGCUCCCUUCAUACCUCUGCCUCCUCCCUGGAUGAUGACGGAAACUAUACCAUCAUGGCUGCCAACCCACAGGGGAGAGUAAGUUGCACUGGGAGGCUGAUGGUACAAGCUGUGAACCAGAGGGGAAGAAGUGUCCGCACGCCCACAUCACAGCCCCAUGCUAGACGACCCCGAUCUCGGUCAAGAGAUAGUGGUGAUGAAAAUGAACCUAUCCAGGAGAGAUUUUUCCGUCCUCACUUCUUGCAAGCUCCUGGAGAUCUCAUUGUUCAAGAAGGAAAGCUGUGCAGGAUGGAUUGCAAGGUGAGUGGCCUACCUACUCCUGACCUGAGUUGGCAAUUGAAUGGAAGACCUGUCCGUCCAGACAACUCUCACAAAAUGUUGGUGCGUGAGAAUGGUGUGCACUCCCUGAUCAUUGAGCCAGUGACCACGAGAGAUGCAGGGAUAUAUACGUGUGUGGCCUCUAACCGUGCUGGACAGAAUUCCUUCACCCUGGAGCUGAUAGUUGCUGCACGAGAUGCCCACAAACCACCAGUGUUCCUAGAAAAACUUCAAAACACAGGUGUUGCAGAAGGAUACCCGGUGAGACUAGAGUGCCGAGUCUCUGGAAUGCCCCCACCACAAAUAUUCUGGAAGAAAGAAAAUGAUUCCCUGACGUACAACACCGACCGAGUCAGCAUGCAUCAAGAUAACUAUGGUUACCUCUGCCUACUAAUUCAAGGUACCACUAAAGAGGAUGCUGGAUGGUACACUGUAUCAGCAAAGAACGAGGCUGGCAUUGUAUCUUGUACUGCCAGGCUUGAUGUGCACACUCAAUGGCAACAAUCACACACCCCCAAAACGAGGAAAGUACGUCCAUCCACUAGCCGAUACGCAGCACUUUCUGACCAAGGGCUGGACAUCAAAGCUGCUUUCAUGCCAGAAGCAAACCCAGUGCAUCUGCAGCCAGCACUGGUGGAGAGCGAUGACCUGUAGAUGGGACAUGUGGGAACUUUCUGUAGCAGCCAUCGGAGGAAGUCAUUGGGAGCUACAGCUGUCACUUGGCAGCAGUCUCACAUCAUGUAACAAGUCAGACACACCAUCAGCUAACCUGAUAGAGACAUGUUAAACUGCAUAUUAACUAUAUAUGUAAGCAGUCUUGAGCAUAGGAUAGCAGGGAUGAUAAACCUUAUGUAUUUAUGCACAUAAGUAUCACUCACUCUUCUGCUAUAUGAAAGGAUCUCUUGUUUAUUCUGCUUGUUUGUGCCUUAUGUCUGCGAAGACAGUGGUGUAGGACAAUAGUGUGCAAUGUUUUAUGUUGGAGUGCCACAAACACCCACAGUAUGUUUGUCAAUUGCAAAAGGCUGCCAAGGUGAAAUGCUAUAUUGCUUCAAGAGUGUAAAAUACAGCUUGCUUCUUUGUAUACCAUUGUAACUACUAUAAAUAACUAACAUUGGACAUCAGGAGGUAAAUACCUCCAGGAGAUUCACAAAGGUGUGACAAGCGGGGAUGACUGUGGACGUAGCUGGCUAUGGACUUGGAGCAGAAGGAAGAAAAAAAAGUUUCACACCCUUUCUAUGCUUCUUUGCACCCUCAGUUUUGUCGCCGAGAACAUCUGCAGUUCACUGUAUGACCGGGUUCACUAAUAUGAUGCAAAGUCUAAUACCCAAAAGAACAUUGUUCAGAUACUGUCAGGGUGGCCCACUACAUUUACAGACACAAACAAACAUGAAGUAUGCAAUCCUAUAAGACAAUGCACUCUAGAAGAAUGACAUUUAUGAAUGGUGGGGUUGUCCUGGAGAGAAGUCACCUUCAGUAAACAAGGUCUGCAGUGACUUGUUGUAUUCCAGUUAAUAUAUAAAGUACAUGGUAAAUUCAGUGUCAGCAAGGAGAACAUUAGAAUGGUAUGUAGUAAAGGACUAGUGAAGGUGAAAAUGACAAGUUCAAGUGUUUUUAUAUGCUGUUUUAUAUGCACAGGCAAGAUGAGUCCCUCUAAAACAGCCUCGGAUUUCAGAAGAUUCCAAACCAAAGCUAACUGGAUGGAUCAGAGGGAUGUAUUCCGAGACUUCGUAUAGAUGGAUUGCUAUAUUUUAUCACCAAGAUUGUCUACCAUAAAGAAAGUUAUAACUAUACAAGCCCAAACCAGUCAGUGAUCCCACUAACAUUUACCCCAACAGUAGCUGUUAUGACCACUGUAUAGGGGCCACUGCACCACACCGCUUAAUAGCUGCCCACCCUUUUCCAUCCUGAACAGACUUGAAGGGCCGUUCAUGUAGUAGUGGACAACACAAGGCUCAAUAUGGCCUUGAAGAAUUCACUAAAUGUCAAAGCAGCAGCAGGAGUGCGCUGGGAGAACUCGCCCAACAAGUUUACACUUAUUUAAUAGAGAAUAAACAAGCAGCACAUCAAACAAUCUGUUGGUUAGCUACCUCUCAGUAUUGAUACAGCACUGCCAAUUCAUAUGACGUACCACUUGUUGAAUGCCUGCCCUUUGUUUUCUGGAUUGUGCCAAGAUAAGGACAUGCUCCACAUAUCAGGCUUGAUAGGCAUACUUACGUAAAACAUGACUAUUAUUUAGAUUUCAUGCCAGCCUGCUUUCAGCAGAAUUUUUCGUAUGACUGCCUCAAUAGGGAUGAAAGGAUGUUGCGUUUCAGGCAUGGCGAAGGCAAUGUUACUAUUGAAGAAAAGCUGUGAGCAAGCAUUUCCUGCUGGGCAGUAAUUAACAUCCCCGUGAGAACUGGUAAUGACUAAAGACGAGGAAAUCCACGAGAUUCCUUAAAGGGGUAUUCCGCCCCUAGACAUCUUAUCCCCUAUCCAAAAGGAUAGGGGAUAAGAUGUUAGAUCGCCGGGGUCCCCAGGGAUCGACGCUGCGGCACCCCGCUAUCAUUACUGCGCAGAGCGAGAACUCUGCACGUAAU